AUGGCCGAAUUUCCACUCGAGCCGCAGUGGCUUGAAAUGCUCAAUGAAGCCAACGAAAAGGCGCAAACUGCGAUUUUCCAACGCGAUAAGAUCCACUCGCAACAUCGAAAAGCGACGGAAAUCUACUCCCGGUACGACAAAGUCGCGAAAAGGAUGGAGAAAGAAAGCGAAAGUGCCAUUAAAAAAUGCGAAGACUACUUUCACUUGCGAGACGAGUUCGAGCGGCUGCUCGAGGAGAACGGAAAGCACUUGAGAGCGAUUGAAGUUCAACUUGUCGACGCGAAGGCGAGUUUGACCAGCUCGCUCCAGCAGCUCGGCCGGCAGAGACCUCGGGCGGAGGACGAAGCCAGCCGCACAGUGUCUCCUCAGAUCCGAUCUUCUUCCUCCAACUCUGUCGUCAUGCCCAGCAGCGACUCGAGCUCCACUCAAUUGCCUCUGACGGAGCAUGACUUCGAUCCGUUUGAUGAAUGGAUCGAAGACUAA